GUUUACGCUACUGUGACGGCGUAUGAGAGGAGCGGGUUACUAGAAAAGGGCGAUGUAGAGGAAACGAAGAGAGUUUAUUAUGAGACUAACAAGGGACUUCUAUGUAUAACGGCGGUGGUGACUGUGUUACAUUCUCUAUUUGAAGUUAUGGCAUAUACAAAUGAGAUUGAGUUUUGGAGAGGAAAAGAUCACUAUGUAGGCGUAUCUACAAAAAGUGUCAUAUUAGAAUUAGUUGGGCAAAUUAUAAUUUUUCUAUAUCUCAAGAAUAGUGAUGCGAGUCUCUUGAUUUUAAUAUUUUCGUUUAUUGGCGUGGUUGUCAAUCUCUACAAGAUUUCUAAAGUGUUUGAUUUCUUUUCAUUUGGAAAACAAAAAGGUCGGAACGAAGCGAAUCAAGAUGAAAUGACAAAAACGAAAGAAUAUGACAAUAUUGCUUUGUUCUGGGUUGGUGUUAUUUGUGGACCUAUUUUUGUGUUAUAUACACUUUAUAUGAUUUUAACAAACGAAAUUAAUGAUAUCUAUUCUUUUGUUAUUAGUAUAUUAGCCGGUUUAGUUUAUACCUUUGGAUUUGUCCAAAUGAUGCCACAACUAUUUAUUAAUUAUAAAAUGAAAUCAGUUGCUAAUAUGCCUUGGAAAGUAUUUUUAUAUAAAUUUUUAAAUACUAUUGUCGACGAUCUGUUCUCUUUUGUUGUCAAAAUGCCAACUUUACACAGAAUCUCGUGUUUUAGAGAUGACUUGAUUUUUGUGGCUUAUUUGUACCAAAGAAAAAUCUAUCCAGUCGACGAUAUGAGAAUGGACGCGUUAAGGUGGGAAGACGCAGACAAAACGAAAAUUGAUUGA